AUGGGAAACAAAGUUGUUACAUUUACGGAACAACAAUUAGAGGAUUACCAGGACUGUACUUUUUUCACAAGGAAGGAGAUACUACGUGUUUUCAAAAGAUUCAGAGAAGUAAACCCGGAACUCGUCCCGAAGAGAAUGACAGAAAACCAAGCUCAUACAAUUGUUGUGCCAGUUGAAGAAAUCGAAAAGUUACCGGAGCUAAAGGAAAAUCCUUUUAAAAGACGGAUUUGCGAAGUAUUUUCUCACGAUGGUUCCGGUAAUCUUACUUUCGAAGACUUCUUAGACAUGAUGUCAGUAUUCAGCGAAGCUGCGCCACGGGAUAUUAAGGCUUGGUACGCAUUUCGUAUAUACGAUUUGGAUGACGACAUGUUCAUCGGUCGCGAGGACCUCUUAGAGGCAACGAGACUCCUCACCAAGGGAGAGUUGCAUCCUCAUGAGCGUGACGAAAUAGUAGCCAGUGUGCUGGACGAGGCUGAUGUGGAUGGUGACGGAAGAUUAUCGUUUAUGGACUUUGAGCACGUCGUUGUUCGCGCUCCGGAUUUCUUAUCCACAUUUCAUAUACGCAUUUAAUAUUUUAUAAUAAAGACUUUGGAAAAAGUUA